CUCUAAACCCUAGUGCUUCUAAUAUAAAGAAAUUCGUAGGCACAAACUCUGGCGACGAUUGAAGGUAAGGCAGAGCCGAGAAGGAAAAAGAGCCGGAAAGAUGAGACCAAUUCUCAUGAAAGGUCAUGAAAGGCCGUUGACCUUUCUGAAGUAUAAUCGUGAGGGGGAUCUAUUGUUCUCCUGCGCCAAGGAUCACACUCCCACCGUCUGGUUUGCCGACGACGGAGAGCGUUUGGGCACUUACCGCGGCCACAAUGGAGCUGUCUGGUCUUGCGAUGUCUCAAGAGAUUCUACGAGAUUGAUUACUGCUAGCGCUGACCAGACAGCCAAGCUUUGGAAUGUCCAGACUGGUGAACAGUUGCAUACGUUCAAUUUUGACUCUCCAGCGAGGUCUGUUGAUUUCUCUGUUGGUGAUAACCUCGCCGUCAUUACCACCGAUCCCUUCAUGGCUUUUACCUCCGCCAUUCAUGUGAAGCGUAUUGCUAGCGACCCUUCUGAGCAAACUGGCGAUUCAGUUCUGGUACUCAAGGGGCCUCAGGGAAGAAUUAAUAGAGCUGUUUGGGGACCUCUCAAUCGGACCAUAAUUAGUGCUGGAGAAGAUUCUAUCAUUCGUAGAUGGGACACCGAGACAGGAAAGUUGCUUCAAGAGUCAGAGCCAGAAGUUGGGCAUACGAAACAAAUAACUUCACUUGCAAAGUCUUCUGACGGUUCACACUUCGUUACUGGUUCUCUUGACAAAUCAGCAAAGCUUUGGGACAUCAGAGAUUUAUCCCUGAUUAAGACUUAUGUGACCGAGCGGCCAGUUAAUGCUGUUACAAUGUCACCACUUCUUGACCAUGUUGUCUUGGGUGGUGGCCAAGAUGCAUCAUCAGUGACCACAACUGAUCACCGUGCUGGAAAGUUCGAAGCAAAAUUCUUCGACAAGGUUCUGCAAGAAGAAAUUGGAGGCGUUAAAGGCCACUUUGGUCCGAUCAAUGCUCUGGCUUUCAAUCCAGAUGGCAAAAGUUUCUCCAGUGGAGGUGAAGACGGGUAUGUGAGGCUGCAUCACUUUGAUCCUGACUACUUCAGCAUCAAGAUAUAGGGAUAAGGCGAGUGUGAGGAGCUCUACAGCAGUGUGAGAGGGUGCGAAUGAAUUUGGGUUUAUUGCCUCUCACAAGAAAGAACCUGCUGUUGUAGAAUAUAAACGUUUAUUAUUAUAAUGAUUGUUGUUACUUGUUAGUUAUUUUUAUUUGUGUGGUUAUAUGUGCCAGGAGCUGGCCUUUUUUUGAGCACUCUAGAGACCGUAUGCCCGACAUCCAUUCAUGUAGGAAACACAUCGUUCUGAUAAUGCCGAGGCCCACUUAGAAAUGCCUAAUUUGUCGCUUUUCAUAAGGGGAUUGGAACAUAAUGAGUUUAGCAGCAAGCUAUAAAACCCUAAUGUGACCCUCUUUGCCC